UGAGCUGGGGCCCGGGGCGCGGCGGCCGGCGGAGGGAUGGCCCUGCUGCCCUACGAGGAGGGAGGCGGCUGGGCAGCGCGGCAGCUGCACAGCCCUUCGGCCACCUUCCACUUCGCCAGCCGCACCAUCCACCUCCAGCAGGACUGGCGGCGGCUGGGGGUAGCGGCCGUGGUCUGGGACGCGGCUGUUGUCCUGUGUGCUUAUCUGGAGAUGGAAAGCAUUGAUCUGAAGGAUCGGUCUGUGAUCGAGCUGGGAGCUGGAACUGGAUUGCUGGGAAUAGUGGUCACAUUACUAGGUGCCCGUGUUACCAUCACAGACAGGGCAGCAGCACUGGAGUUCCUGGAGUCAAAUGUGCAGGCGAACUUACCCCCUGAACUACGUCCCAGAGCGGUGGUGAAGGAGCUGACGUGGGGAAAAGACCUGGAUAAUUUCCCUCCAGGAGCAUUUGACUUUGUCCUGGGUGCAGACAUUGUUUAUCUGGAAGAAACAUUUGCAGAACUGCUUCAGACGCUGGAGCACCUGUGCUCAGAGCGAACAGUGAUUCUUCUUUCCUGUCGUAUCCGCUAUGAGCGGGAUCUCAAGUUCUUGAAGAUGCUGAGAGAGCGUUUCUCUGUAUCCGAGGUCCAUUAUGAUUCCAGUAAGGAUGUUCAUAUCUACAAAGCACAGAGGGGUAGUCGCAAGGAUGACUUUUGACUCUCUGCUUUGUUAAUAAUAAGCCAGUGAUGCUGUUCAAUUCCCCCCUUUGUUUCUACUCAAUACACUUGUUCCUAAGCAUGAAGUUGCAGUUG